CAAAAACCUUAGCUUAAAUACAAUGCUCCCCCUGCAAUUUCUCGUGUCUUUUAUUUUGUUGAGUUGCCUCAGCUUUGUUUCUCCCUGAGAACAUCAAACACACUUCGAGACUUCCAGUGCUUUCUCGUUAACUCAGAUUGGUGAUGGAAACUGGAGGGAAUUCUUUACCAUCUGGUUCAGACGGGACGAAAAGAAAAGUUUCCUAUUUCUAUGAUCCAGAAGUCGGCAAUUAUUAUUAUGGGCAAGGCCAUCCUAUGAAGCCCCACAGAAUCCGUAUGACGCAUGCUCUUUUGGCUCACUAUGGUUUACUGCAGAACAUGCACGUUCUGAAGCCCAUUCCAGCUAGAGACAAAGAUCUUUGCAGGUUUCAUGCUGAUGAUUAUGUGUCUUUCCUGAGGGGAAUCACUCCCGAAACACAGCAAGAUCAAGCGAGACAGCUGAAAAGGUUUAAUGUUGGCGAAGACUGCCCUGUCUUUGACGGUCUCUAUUCCUUCUGCCAAACAUAUGCUGGGGGCUCAGUUGGCGGUGCUGUUAAACUAAACCAUGGAAAUUGCGAUAUUGCUAUAAACUGGUCUGGUGGACUUCACCAUGCCAAAAAAUGUGAAGCUUCUGGGUUCUGCUAUGUGAAUGACAUAGUUCUUGCGAUCUUGGAACUUCUUAAAGUGCACGAGCGUGUUCUAUAUGUUGACAUUGAUAUUCAUCAUGGCGAUGGUGUUGAGGAGGCCUUUUAUACUACAGACAGGGUAAUGACUGUUUCAUUCCACAAAUUUGGAGAUUACUUUCCUGGUACAGGGGAUGUACGUGAUAUAGGUCAUGCUUCUGGAAAAUACUACUCUCUCAAUGUACCAUUAGAUGAUGGAAUUGAUGAUGAGAGCUACCAGUCCCUGUUUAAACCUAUUAUGGGUAAGGUGAUGGAAGUUUUCAGGCCCGGUGCUGUGAUAUUACAGUGUGGUGCAGACUCUCUAUCCGGAGACAGAUUAGGUUGCUUUAAUCUUUCGAUUAAAGGUCAUGCAGAGUGUGUGAGAUAUAUGAGAUCUUUUAAUGUGCCACUACUUCUGCUUGGUGGAGGUGGCUAUACUAUUAGAAACGUUGCCCGUUGUUGGUGCUAUGAGACUGGAGUCGCCCUUGGGAUAGAACUUGAGGAUAAAAUGCCACAGCAUGAGUAUUAUGAGUACUUUGGUCCAGACUAUACUCUUCAUGUAGCACCAAGUAACAUGGAAAAUAAGAACUCUCGCCAGAUAUUGGAUGACAUAAAAGCAAAGCUUCUUGAUAAUCUCUCAAAACUGCAGCAUGCACCUAGUGUCCCAUUUCAGGAGCGCCCACCUGAUACCGAGUUUCCAGAGGCUGACGAAGAUCAAGAUGAAGAUGGAAGGUGGGGUCGAGAGUCUGAAAUGGAUGUUGAUGAUCAGCGUAAGCCUUUCUCUGGAAGAGUGAAAAUGGAAAUAUUUGAACCUGAGCAAAAAGAGGCGGUGGAUGCCAGAGAAGGGGAACAUGCAAGAGGUAUGGAUGCAACAUUCACAGAGACUGCAUCAUUGAAGGCCUCAAAUCCAAUUUCAAUAUCGAUGGAUGGAAUGCAUAUUAAUUCAGAACAAGGAAACGCAAGCAAGCAAUCCGAUGGACCAGCUGAUAUGGAUCCCUAAUAUGGAAUAAUUCUGGGGAAUCUGCUCUGAAAAGAUUAGUGGUUUAUAACUAGACAUGUGUUAAUUAUAUAACUGUUUCUAAACCAUUUAGGACUGAAAUGACUCCGGCCUUCCAAAACAAGUUUAUGCUUACAUAUACAAUUUAACAAUUUAGCUGGUAGAAAGAGGUAAUGUAAGGUUAUGUAAUCUGUAUGCAUCACGUGGAGUGUACAAUAGAAAGACUCGACUGUGGAAAGGUAAGAGUUCUGAUUAAAUCUCUUCAAUCAAGUACUUUGUCUCAA